AUGGACAACACCCCCAGACAGAUCUUCCAGACACCCAACAACGUAUAUAUCCUCCAACAUCCAUGGGCUUUCGUCAAGGAGCUAGGUCAAGGUGCCUAUGGGUGUGUCUCUUCGGCUCGCAAUGAAACUACGCACGAGACAUGCGCAGUGAAGAAGGUAACCAACAUCUUUCAGAAAAAGAUUCUUACCAAGAGAUGUUUGAGAGAGUUGAGGUUACUUCAUCAUUUCAGAGGACAUAAGAAUAUAACAUGCCUGUACGAUAUGGAUAUCGUGUUUGAUCCUCCUGGAUCGGGUCAAUUUAGAGAGGUAUACUUGUAUGAGGAAUUGAUGGAAGCGGAUCUUCAUGCUAUCAUACGAUCAGGUCAACCUCUAUCAGACGCUCAUUUCCAAUCAUUUCUCUAUCAAACCCUUUGCGGUCUUAAGUAUAUACAUUCCGCCAAUGUGCUUCACCGAGAUUUGAAACCUGGAAACCUCUUAGUCAACGCAGAUUGUGAAUUGAAGAUUUGCGAUUUCGGAUUAGCUAGAGGGUUCCAGCCGGGGGCGGUGCAAACGGAUCAGGGUCAGGCGGGAUUCAUGACAGAGUACGUCGCUACUAGAUGGUAUAGAGCUCCUGAAAUUAUGCUUUCGUUCGCCAACUACACCUCAUCCAUCGAUAUGUGGUCGGUAGGAUGUAUCUUAGCUGAGCUACUAGGUGGUAAACCAAUCUUCAAAGGGGAAGAUUACGUCGAUCAAUUGAACAAGAUCUUGAAUUUGUUGGGUACACCAACAGAAGAUACCUUACGAAGAGUCGGAUCGCCAAGAGCACAAGACUAUAUCAGAUCAUUACCUAUCAAACCUCGAGUCAGAUUCGAUACUCUCUAUCCCAAUGCUCAACCGUUAGCUUUAGAUCUUUUGCAGAAGUUACUGACGUUUGAUCCGUUGAAGAGAUUUGGGUGUGAGGAAGCUUUGGAGCAUCCUUAUCUGGCUGUGUGGCACGAUCCAGCCGAUGAACCUUCCUGCGAAGUGCCCUUCGACUUCUCGUUCGAGCGAGAAGAUUCCACAUCCGGUAUGCGACACCUGAUUCUCGAUGAGGUACGAUCCUUCCGACAACUCGUUCGAGAGCAAGCUCCUCCUCCACCACCACGAAAUCAGAGUGAAACUCUACCACAGGCUAUGCAAGCUAUGAACGAACCGGGAGCUGGUGUCGGUCCAGGUUACGCAGGUCAAGAUUCGGAAGAGCUCAAUAAAGGGGAUGACAUUGAGGAGCAUCCCAGUAGUGCGUUAGAGAGACAGUUGAAUCAACAUCGGAUUUAG